CACACCACCAGGCUGACAAUCCUUUCCUCCAUCAAUAUAUCCUCAUAACGCGGACAUCAAUCAUGUUCUUCGUUGUAUCCGCACGUCUGAGGUUUGCUCGGAUGCAUCCCUCUCCAGAGUCCAGCCUUCGCGCUGCAUCUCUUAUCGAUACGCAAAUCGUGACGACAAGUGACAAGUGUGAGGUCAUCACUACCAGGUUCCGCGGCCCAGCGGCUCCGGACGUCCCAAGGCUCUGAACUUCCACGGCAACUAGGGGAAAGCGGUCCACCGUGCAGCCAAGUCAUCAGUCUCAGUGAGAAUGGCUUGAAGUUACUCAUAUCAUAAUGCUUGUUUCCUCCUUUCUGCCUUUUCCUUCCAGACCAUGAGUUCCAUCCUGUAUACUGCUGGCAAGGCGUCUCGCCUUGCCAGAGCGAGCCCGAUCCGCAACAACCUCCUCCGCAGAGGCUUGCACACGCUGGAGCUCGAUGAGACUAAAGGAGACCGCGAACGCGUAGUCAUUCUUGGAUCUGGCUGGGCCGGCUUCGUCCUUUCGAGAGAGCUGGACAAGACGAAAUUCCAAACCGUGGUAGUUUCGCCCAGGACCUACUUCGUCUUCACUCCGCUGCUCGCCUCGACAGCUGUUGGUACCCUCGAGUUCCGAACAACCCUCGAAUCUGUCCGGGCCCGUCGAUCCGGGGUUGAUUUCAUCCAUGGAUGGGGAGCAGGUGUCGAUUUCAACGAGAAGACCCUACGCAUCGAGGAGCCAGCUAUCCGAGAAAUUCCAACUUCGGCAACGCCCGGCGAUGUCGGGAGGAAACCUGGGGAAGAGGCUUCCUCGUUCCUUAUGAAAUAUGACAAGUUGGUGAUCGCAGUUGGAUGCUAUAGUCAGACCUUCAAUACUCCAGGUGUUAGAGAGAAUGCCCUGUUCUUGAAGGAUGUUGUCGAUGCUGUAAAGAUCCGAAAGAGGAUUCUUGAAUGCUUCGAAUAUGCUUCUCUACCAACCACUUCUGAUGCUAUGAGGAAAACCCUUUUGAAUUUCGCCAUUGUCGGAGGAGGCCCAACCGGUGUGGAAUUCGCAGCUGAGCUUUUCGAUUUAUGCCACGAGGAUCUCAAGAAGCUAUACCCAAACUUAGUCCCCCUUGUCAAAAUCAGCCUUUACGAUGUGGCACCCAAGAUCCUCCCCAUGUUCGAUACCAAGCUUUCCAAUUAUGCAAUCGAGCUGUUCAAACGAGAUGGAAUCGACGUCAAGACACAACAUAACAUUCUGGAAUUGCGCCGCGGACUUCCUGGUGCAGAUCCCACAGAUAGGGAUGCUGGAUGCUUCACUCUGAGGACAAAGCAGAACGGUGAGAUGGGCAUUGGAAUGUGCGUUUGGUCAACAGGUCUCAUGAUGAACCCUUUCGUCAAGGAGGCACUGAGCGACGUGAAAACCUACCCAACCGCCUCCGCCGAGCUUGAAAACGCAGGUUCAAUCAACCCAAGCGCCGAAGAGUGGGCGAUCAAACGUCAUCGCAAAACUGGUGGUCUCCUAGUUGAUGACCAUUUCCGUGUCCAACUCGUUCCCAAGGCCCUGUCCCAAGAAAAGGACGCCUCGGUUCCGCAAGCCACGAUCAAAGACGUUUUCGCGCUGGGCGAUGUAUCAACCAUGGAGAAGGACCCAUUGCCGGCUACGGCCCAGGUUGCGAACCAGGAGGCGAAGUGGCUAGGGAGGAAUAUGAAUAGUGGGUUUACGGAGCCAGGAUUCGACUUUAGGAGUUUAGGGGUUAUGACUUACCUUGGAGACAUGAAAGCUAUCAUGCAGACAGGUCGGAGGAAGGAGAUCAAGGGGAGAACUGCAUGGUUGAUCUGGAGGGGUGCGUAUCUUACGCAGACGAUGAGUUGGAGGAACAGAAUACUUAUUCCUAUCUACUGGUUGAUCAAUUGGCUUUUCGGGCGGGAUAUCUCUCGAUUUUAGGCCGAAGUCUCACGAAAUUGGAAGACAUUAGAAUGGACAUCUAAAAUGUAAAUAACGACACGGUGUGAUUCCCUCUGCAAUCAAAUU